UCAGCCCCUUUGUUCCUCUUCAGUGCGUCGUUGCAGUCCUGCUGGUGGGGACGAGAUCCCAAGCAGUGUCAAAAUGGUUGAAGCAGAUCGGCCUGGGAAGCUGUUCGUUGGUGGAUUGAACAUUGAAACUAAUGAGAAAGCUCUUGAAGCUGUUUUUGGCAAAUAUGGCCGUAUUGUAGAAGUUCUCCUUAUGAAAGAUCGUGAAACCAACAAAUCAAGAGGCUUUGCUUUUGUCACCUUUGAGAGCCCAGCAGAUGCUAAGGAUGCAGCCAGAGAUAUGAAUGGAAAGUCUUUAGAUGGGAAAUCCAUUAAAGUUGAACAAGCUACCAAGCCAUCUUUUGAAACUGGUAGACGUGGGCCCCCACCACCUCCAAGGAGCCGAGGCCCACCAAGAGGCCUCAGAGGUGGAAGAGGCAGCAGUGGAACCCGGGGGCCUCCUUCAAGAGGGAGUCAUUUAGGUUCUUCUAGAGGCCCUCUCCCAAUGAAAAGGGGUCCGCCUCCCCGUAGUGGGGGCCCACCACCUAAAAGACCUGCACCAUCUGGACCCGUACGAAGCAGCAGCGGGAUGGGUGGUAGAGCGCCCCUGUCACGUGGCAGGGACAGCUAUGGGGGGCCUCCACGAAGAGAACCAUUGCCAUCACGAAGGGAUGUCUACCUGUCCCCCAGAGAUGACGGCUACAGUACUAAAGACAGUUACUCAAGCCGAGAUUAUCCAAGUUCCAGAGACACAAGGGAUUAUGCUCCACCUCCCAGAGAAUAUGCCUAUCGUGAUUACGGACACUCCAGUUCACGUGAUGAAUAUCCCUCAAGAGGUUACAGUUAUUCCUCCUACAGCGAUCGUGAUGGCUAUGGAGGGCGUGACCGGGAUUACUCAGAUCAUCCCAGUGGAGGCUCUUACAGAGAUUCCUAUGAGAGUUAUGGUAACUCACGUAGUGCUCCACCUGCACGAGGGCCCCCUCCAUCAUAUGGUGGAAGCAGUCGCUAUGACGAUUACGGAAGCACCCGAGAUGGGUAUGGUGGAAGUCGAGAGAGUUACUCAAGCAGCAGAAGUGAUGUCUACUCAAGUGGCCGGGAUCGUGUGGGAAGGCAGGACAGAGGCCUUCCCCCUUCCAUGGAAAGGGGGUAUCCUCCUCCACGCGAUUCUUACAGCAGCUCAAGCCGCGGAGCACCCAGAGGUGGCGGCCGUGGAGGGAGCCGCUCGGAUAGAGGCGGAGGCAGAAGCCGAUAUUAAAACCUUUGAAACUCUUGGACCAAAUCAGUUUUUUCCUCCAACACAAGGAAUGUGGAAGUUUUAUCUUCACUCCCAGAGGACUACCGAAACGUUGUUUUUACCUUUUUUUUAUUGUUGCUUGUUAAGUUCCCCUCCAUUACUGAUGUUUUUUGUGAGGAAAGAGUAAACAUGUUUAAUUUCAUUUCAAAAUUGUUAAUAUUUCUCUCAAAAAGCAGAUGUUAAUGUAUGACAUUUUGAGCCUAUGUACUAGUGUUGUAACCUUUCAAAGUAAACGUUAACCCUGAAAUGCCACACUUUUCACUUCAUCAAUGAAACAGCAAAUCUAAGGCAUCUCAUGCAUCUAAAAUGGCCAUGGAUCGUUCUGCGCAUGCAAGCAUGCCUUCUCUCUAGGCAAGACGUAUUAUUUGUUGGAGGGGGGUGGGGAUGUAUGCCAACCCUAAACUAUUAAGUGUCUUCUGAAAUGCACAAGAUGCUCCCAAAUAUGACAUGUCUUCAGUCUUGUGUAAAGUUCAGGAUACCAUUCAGCCUUUAAGUCAAAACAGCCAAUGGAUGUAGCUGAAUGUACAUUGUGCCAUCCUACGUAUUUUGUUAGGGAAUUUGCAAGAACCUCGCCCCCCCAGUAAUAUAUUGAUCUGUAGCCAGCAAGCUACAGAGUUCUGUAAAUAAAGAGGUUUGACCCAUUCCAUCCAAGAAGCUGCAGAACGGUACUUGCUCUUACUGUUUCAAAUUUUUGCAAUCCUGUAGUGUCUCAUUUUUAAAGGAACAUCUUUGACUCCAAAGGCAAAAUGGAGAAAGUAAGAUAAGCAAAGAAGUCUUUCUCUCCAACUUCUGAAAAGCUUAUGGCUUCAUAUAAACAACAGCUUUAAAGCAUCAAAUACCUGUGAAACAGCAAAGAUGGUAAGCAAAGCAAACUAGUUUUUCGGUCUAAGUCAAACGUGAAACCAAAGCUAUCGUCCUCUUAGUACUGUAGGACGUGCUGUGCAUCAUGGCAAUGGAAGUUUUCUAGAUUUUAAAGAAAGCACCAAAUGGAAAAAAAAAAAAUACCUGUGCUGGAUAGCCUUAGGCGAAGCCUUCCAAAUUCAUCAUAACCUUGUCUUGGAUGAAAGUAUGUAUGGCACAAAACUUUUGAAAAUGAUGCUAAGAAAGCAACUCGUAAACAAACAUUCCCAUAAAGGGUUGGGAGGGACUGUUGCUUUUUUGGCCAAUAUGUUUCAAUGAAGAUACUUUUAUGUAAAAAAAAAAAAAAAAAACGAGCUACUUGUACUUUUAAUUAAGAAAUUAAAACAAUAAUGCAAUCAGAACUUGGCUUAAAUUGCCAAAAUCUGUAACAGCUUGGGAAAUGUCAAGCCAGCCAUGAUUACGAACCUGAUGUUUAGUUGGACGCCUGACUUUUUUUCUUUAUACUGUAGUCUUGUUUGGGAGUUCUGGUACCUGUGGCAGAACCUGUGGCAAGUUCUCAUGACCCAGGUGCGGCCAGGAAGUUCAAAAGAUGCUGUUGAAAUGUAGUAAGGCUUGAAGACCUCCAACUAAAGUUCUACUCUAAUCCUCAAAACAUAUUUGCCAGUCAAAUGGACUUACCAUGAAAAGCACCAUUGGAAAGGAAAUCAGAAUCCAUAAGCCAUGCGACUUUUUCACUAAGCCAUUCCAGUUCAUUCCAGUCCAGUGAACCUUCCACCUCUCAAACGUAACACGUUAGAUCGUGACAGACUAAUCGGCAAGCCCGGGUUUUUUUGUUUCUGGGGUGGUCGUGGGCUUGGGCAGCUGGGGCGGCCGUAAUCUCUCACACCGUCUUUAAUUGUUGCAGGCUGAACAUUCCCUUUAAGAUGAGGCCUGGGAAGCGGUCCGUGUGUUGGAAUGGGUGCCGGGAUGGUUAGCUGUAGCGGAGCGGCAGGUACAGACGUGAGCGAAGGCCUGUAAGGAAGGCACCUGCUCAGCAGACUCAAAAUAUGGCUACGAAGUUUAGUGGAGGCAUUUGCAAGGAACCCGUUUCACAAAUGCCGUUGUCAGUCGUGGCUACAGACGUGGGUCGUACGUGAGAAGAAGAGCCCUAAAUGUCAGAACGUUGGAUAGAGAUUAUUUUUGUCAUCUUACAAAUGCCGUUGCAAUCCUGGCCGGCCGGCAUGUAGCAGAAGCUGUGGCGUGUGACUUCAGUGGUGGUCAGGAGCGAGUGUUGGGGCCCUUCAGCUAGGAAAGGUGAAGAGUGCACCUUUCUCUCUUAAGUAACUUUAUUUAAUUGAAAUAAUAAUGACGGGGGUUAGACUGCCCUGCAGGAGAAGGAUUUUCAAAACCCGACCAAUUCCAAUACAGAGCUUUUCCAAGAAGCUCUCUUAAAUCCUCGUUAGCCAGGAGUUGAAUAACAAUUUGAUUAUUGAAGGUUUCUCUUAAAAAAAACAACAACAAACCACAUGAAUAUCACAGCCAUCUGUAAAUAUGGGGGGAUCUCAUAAUGAGUAAGAUUGCAUAAAGUCCAGUUUGAGCGUGCUGUUAUUAAAUAAAGUUACCUAUUCCCUUUUCAAAAGAUGUGAUUCUGAAAAGGAGCUAGUGCCACAAAUUUAAGAAAUAGGUUUCAUUUUGCUGAAAUGAAAACUGACUCAUCAUCGUGGAAGACACUUAGCCACUGAAAGCUGAGAUCCUGCGAUCGUUGUAUUCACUGAGUUGUCAAUAAAGCGUUAAUUUCCUCCUGG